UUGGAGGAAUGCAGCGCACUGGAACACUGAAAGCCAACACCAUUAAGAAGGUGGCUCCUCCAAUGGUGCCAGACCUCAACAAUCGUCAUUCAGGUAGUAGCUUCUCCAGUGGUUAUGGAAGUACAUUAGCAGAUAGAACAUCCUACUGCAGUGUUAGUACAGAUGACUCCUUUCCUCCUCCUCCAAGAUCCCCAAAUAAAGAGCCAGAAGAUUAUGCAAGUUUUCCUGCAUACAUUGCUGCUUCUGUGGUUCCGUCACCAUCUCGUCAUCCAGGCCCCUUUCGUUUCCCAGAUUCUCAGACACAUUACACCCAAGUCAUCAUCCAUCCACGACCCAGCAGUCACCCCAGUACCCCCACAGAAGAAACACGUCCCAUUAGCUUUGGGAAUGCACCAAUAACUACCUACAACAAACCACUUCAUGGAACCCAGUCAUCUCUGGAAGAUCAGGGGAUUGAUAUAGAGCAGAGUCCAGGGAGGGAGAGUCCAGGGGCCAGCAGUGGAGGCUCGCGUAACAGCACUUCCAGUUUAGACAGUGGCCGAGCAUCAGCCUCGGGAUCAGAUAGCAAAGUUGGCCCUCAUCGGAUGUCUGUCCAAAGUUACGAGUCUGGCUCUUCUCAGAGCCACCACAGUUCUAAUUCGACCCUGGGGAGCGUUGACCGGAUCGAUGACAACGCCAUCUCUGUUCCCAAAGUGAAUGUUACAGAAAUGAUGUUGCACUCUGUUCCGGACAUCGAGAUUCUACAAGCCUGGCUCACCAGUCUAUACUUCGAAGACUACAUUCAGUUGUUUACUCAGGCUGGUUACGACAUGACAACCGUGUCCCGCAUGACUCCAGAGGACUUAACAGCUAUUGGCAUCAAAAAACCUACUCACCGUCGUAGACUUAAGGCUGAGAUCGACAGAUUAAAUAUAACAGAUGGCAUACCAGAAUUCAAACCUAACACUUUACUGGAAUGGCUUCAAUUACUGAGACUUGAAGAAUAUUACAAAACACUGUGUCAUGAAGGUUAUGACACUGUUGACCGUGUUACAGAACUGACAUGGGAAGACUUGGAAGAAAUCGGUAUCCAAAAACUUGGUCAUCAGAAGAAGAUAAUGUUGGCUAUCAAGAGAGUUAAGGAUAUCAAAAGUGGAACUUAUUGUCCUAGUUAUAGAAGAGGUAUUCAGCUCCACAGUAUGGAUGUUGGAAGUGGAGGUAUUGCAACUUUACCUCGCCCCACGUCUUUAGGCCAUGCCGUCCAACCUGUUCUUCCUCACUAUCACUAUCCCAGCCAGGAAGUUGCUAUUACAACAUCCCGAGCUCCACCCUCUCCAACAGGUGAAAAUUCCAGUAUUCCAGAAUUAAAAACCUUUCAGCAAUCUCCACCAAGAAAUGACAGUUAUUUUCAUCUUGAAGCAAAAUAUCAGUUUGCGUCACCAAGUCAGCUUAAGUCACUGUGUCAACAAAAUGUUACAGCACAGUUCCAGAUGAGAUCUACAAACAGAGGACAUUCAUUAGAAAGAUUAGAUGUGAAUGAUUCAGUAGGACACUACAUCCAGUCCGAUACGUGGUACGAUACUGUGAGACGGCAUGGAUAUGAUACAGACAGUGAGCUGAGUGUUCAUGCUGGCGAAAACUACACCUUGUACUGCAGUGAAGGUACACCAACUUUACACAGACCCAAAGGAACAGUAAAACCUCGUCCAGUUGCAAAAAUUGUUGCAAAAACUAGGCAAGAGGAAGUAGAAGCCAGUGGGACAAAAGGUUAUAUAGACAGGGACUCUGAAGCAGCAUUAAAAAGUAUUGAUCGAGAUGGGUGGGCGAGUUUAGAGGGCUCUCCCCGGCAUAUACUACCCGGUAGAACUUCACAAUUAUAUGGAACCUUGAAAGUAAAGAGAAUUCCUCCCCCUCCCCCAAUAAGGACCAAUUCUGUGAGGUGUGAAACUCAGGGUGAUGAAGACCUAGACUUGAUGCAGGAUAAGGCAUUUGCCACGUGUGUACAGAGUUUAAGGUCUCGAUUUGAUCAGGCUACAAACAAACAAAAUGAACUCUUGUUUCUGCCAACCACACAUCAAGAACAAUUAUCACCCACCCUUUCAGAAGAUUUUCCACCACCUCCUUCUCCUCUACCUUCUGUUCUAGAAAAUUCCAGAAAGGAAACUGUUACUACUGGAUUGUCCAAAACCUUAGGAUCAUGUCUUACUUCCAGUGCCAAAGACCCGGUGCAAUCUGACGAGCUUGGUACAAACCCGAUGUUCCGACAAAGAAGGAAGAACUCGGCAGACUCAAAUUCCUCUACCUCCAGCACUGACUCAAAUUCUUUUCCAUUUGCUAAUGACAAUGCUGGCACUAUUAAACAAAAAGUCAACAAACCAGACUCUAAUAACUCAACAUUACAAGCACUGAUGGAAGUUCUCUGUAACUGCUGUCUUGUAGCACUGAUGGAAGUUCUUCUCUGUAACUGCUGUUUUGUAGCACUGAUGGAAGUUCUUCUCUGUAACUGCUGUUUUGUAGCACUGAUGGAAGUUCUUCUCUGUAACUGCUGUUUCGUAGCACUGAUGGAAGUUCUUCUCUGUAACUGCUGUCUCAUCAUGAUUGCAGCCACACCUGUUGCAAUGGUAGCAUGUCGAGCAUCUUGCUACCUUAUACUAGCAAGUAAUGCUUGA